ACCUAACAUACAUGAAUGACAAUACAGUGUUAUCAUUGCCACGUUAAAUAUAAUUCCUUGGUCAAUAUUGAAGAUACCAUUGGGGUAAAUAAAAAUUCCAUAAAAGAUAAUUCUAUCAAUAUAACGAUUAUAAUUUUGUUCAUAUUACCGAAGUUGAACUCGAAAGAGAUAUUUCUGAACGUAAUAAUGACACGAGCAGAAGAUCAAGACGAAGUCGUUUAUAAACCAACCACUGAGUCAGAACUCUUUCAAAAGUUAAAACCUCAAAAUGAAAAAAAGAAGGAUACUUGUUUAUUUUUAUACUUCACAUCAAUCGUUGUUAACUUGCUACCUCUCACGACUGGCAUGGCAGUAACAUGGACUUCUCCUGUCUCUCUGAAACUGCUGUCUUCUGAUCCAAUCAUUAACCCCUUAGGAAAACCAGUUACUACACUUCAAUUAUCAUUUAUCGGAUCUUUUCCUUCGUUAGGUGCUAUAAGUGGGCUAAUGUUAUUGGGGAGCUGUUUUGAUAUUUACGGACGGAAAAAAAUAAUGAUUGCACUAUCUUCGUUGCUGGCAGUUUCUUACAUAAUUCUUGCAUUUUCCACCAACAUCUACUUUUACUAUGCAUCGAUGGUGGCCAUAGGUCUAGCACUAGGAGUAGGAACAGCUGGAACAACAUUGUAUUGCAGUGAAAUAACAGAAGAUCACAACAGAUCAAAGUUCAUUUGCUUCAUUGGACUAUCAUUGCCACUGGGAAAUUUAUUGGCGUUUGUUCUAGGUCCUUUCUUCUCAGUCAAAGUAUUUUCGCUUAUGUGUUCUAUUCCCAGUUUUAUAUACUUUUUUUGUUUUUCAAUAAUUUUACCUGAAUCACCAGUUUAUCUGUUAUCUAAAGGAGAUGUAGAAAAUGCUAAAAAGGCUUUGACUGAAUUAAGAAAUAAAAGUUUGAAAGAAAUCGAGAAAGAAAUUGAAAUGAUUCAAUUUACUUUGAUGCAGAAUAUGAAGUCUGAAGAGAAAGGACUAGUUUAUCUGGUGAAGAAUAGGGCUUCGAGGAAGGCUUUCAUCAUUGCUGCAGUGAUGUUUUCAUUUUCACUGACAGGGGCACCUUCUAUAAUAGCAUUCCUGGAUCUCAUUUUCCAAGAAGCGGGAACCAAUAUAUCUGGAUUUGUGAGUACUAUCACGGUAGCACUAGUUCAAGUUAUUGGUUGUAUUGUUGCAUCCAUGAUUGUAGAAAAAUUUGGCAGAAGACAACUGAUGCUCACUUCCUCAAUUCUCUGCGGAAUACCGAUGUUUGCAAUCAGUCUAUUUUUUAAAAUGAAAUCAUAUAUUCCUUCCAUUACUGAGUCUCUCGGGUGGUUACCAGUGUUGAGUUUAGUUAUAUUCUUCAUUUUCUUUGUUAUUGGGUUGGGUAAUGUACCAAUGGUUUUCGUAAGUGAAGUUUUUCCAAAUAACGUGAAAUCUUUGGCAACAUCAAUAGUUAUAUCAACCAACUUUAUAGUAAUUGGCUUGACCCUAUUUUUGUUUCCGGUAAUUAUGGCAAAUUUUGGACUUGCUUGGAACUUCUUUGGAAUAGGAGGAAUGUGUAUUUUGAAUUUUGUAUUCAUUUACUGUGCCAUGCCUGAAACAAGGGGAAAAAGUAUAUUAGAAAUACAAGAUAUCCUGAAUGUAUAAUAGAAUCAUUAGUAUUAUUUCUUAUUCAAUUGUGAUCUAAUGAGUAUACUUACUGUAAGUGGUUUCAAAAUUUUUGAAUAUAUUCAGUUUGUUUACAAAUAUGAAUAAUGUGUACUGAAAAUGAAAACAAUAAAUGU